UAGAUUUUUUUCAGUUUCCGUAAAAUCGAUGAAUUUCUAACUUCGUUUGACUGAACAGAGUUUAAAGCCCAAAUUCAUUUUUGAGAUUCAUGAUUAUCUGUUGCAGUUACGAUAACGGAGUGUAAAUUGUUGAACCUCCGACGAGUAAUUUCGUGAAAUCGGAGACAAUGAAGGAGGAGGAAGAGGAGAAACGGAAUUGCAGCACACAUAAACGGAUAGGGGAGGUAGCUGGGGGCACAGCGGCGGAGUGUGCGAUGGUAUGCUGUUGUUGUCCAUGUACGGUGAUGCAUUUAUUGGUACUAGCGUUGUACAAAGUCCCGACGGGAUUAUGCCGGAAAAUAUGGAGGAAGAAGAAACGGGAGAGGCUUUUGAGGAAGAAGAAGAAAGAGGAGGAUUCAUGGAAGUCGAUGAAGAAUAAUAAGAAUGUUUACCUAGGUGCCUACGAUGAAGACGACGGCGAUCGGGAGAAAUUUGACGGUGAAAACGACGACGGAGUACGGGAAGCCGCCGAUUUUGAAACGGAAAUGUGGGACCGGUUCUAUGGAGCUGGAUUUUGGAGGACUCUAUCACAGAGAGAGGAGGACUUAGCAUGGCAUAAUCAAAAUAAGUAAGGACUUAAAAUGCAAUUAUAAUUAUAAUUAAGAAGAAAAAAAAGGUGAAAGAGACAGAAAUUGAAGAUUAAUGGAUUUGUACAUUGUGUAUUUUGCCCAAAAAACGUUGGGUGGAGUAAUAAUUCAUUGAACACGGUUUUUAGGUGGACACACCGUUGAUUUUUUCUUUCUUAAUAUAAAAAAAAUCCCUUAGAGAAGUAAUGAGACUUGGGUCCACGUGAACUUCACAAUGUUACAUUUGUAAAUUGUACAUAUUUUAUUUCUUUAUUUGCUUGUUGCUGUAUUUUCCAAAUAAGAUGAAUGUGACAGUUUCAAACCGAGAGUAUUUAUUAAAAAUACUAUUUUUUAAGA